AACAAUUGAUAUACAUAUACCUAGUAGGUGCGUACGUCUAGGGCAUUAGCAUGCUGUCAAGUAGUGGAAAUUCCACAGUUCAUUCAAUCGAAACCUCGAGACGCACCUGAGAGACGGAGGUAUAUGUACCGUGAUAGGAGACCCACCGCCAAGACGCCUUCACACAUCGGAUCUGCCCCACCAUAUUCCGACGUCCUAUCACCUCCGGAACAUUCUGUCCGCCCACGGGAAUGCACUCCGCGAGGCACGACCCAUCUCCAAAACCCUUUCAGAUUGUACUAUGACGUCGACGAAGAGAAAGACUAGCAAGCCGAAGAGGCCAUGGCAAGACGUUGCGCAUGAGGCGCAGCAAUACCGUGACAGGACUGUUGCGGCUGUCAGGCCAGAACUCCCUGCACUCCCUAGCCCCUUACCCAGGAAUGUCAUGGCCAUUCCCGGACAGAUCUUGAGUCAACGUGAACUGUAUAUCACGUCUUUGUCUGUAUCCUGUCUUCUUGAUGCGCUCGCUGGUCGAGGAGUUGAACGUAUCACGGCUGUGGAUGUCAUUAAUGCAUUCCUGAGGCGCGCAGCCCUAGCACAAAGACUGACGAAUUGUGUCACUGAAUUGUUGACCACCCGUGCCUUGGGCCGCGCCAAAGAGCUUGAUGACUAUUUCGAGAAGCACGGCAAAACAGUUGGCCCGCUCCAUGGCUUACCCAUCUCCGUGAAAGAGCAGAUCGGGAUGGCAGGUCUCGGGCUCAAUGCAUCCUUCGUAGCUCUCUGGGAUAAAGUAGCAACUGAGGAUGCACACGUCCUCCAGAUCCUGCACAAUGCUGGUGCCAUCUUUCAUGCUCGAACAGCCGAACCUCAAACGAUGAUGCAUUUAGAGACAAGCUCGAACCUCUACGGUCGCACUGUAAAUCCGUACAAUAGUGAUCUUUCAUCUGGGGGAAGUUCUGGUGGUGAAGGUGCAUUAGGCGGUCUUGGAGGCACUGUCCUCGGUCUUGGUUCCGAUGUAGGAGGGAGCAUCCGAUCCCCAGCGGCCAACAAUGGCAUCUAUGGCCUGCGCCCAAGCGCUUUUCGCGUUCCCACCGACGGCUGGUCCUCUGUUGCUUGUGGCGUCGAUGAAAUUGCCACCGUCAUUGGCCCGCUCUCAUCAUCCCUCUCUGGCAUUGAAAUUCUCAUGCAGACUGUCCUCUCCGCUCGGCCCUGGCUUACUGAGCCGGCACUUAUCCCCAUGCCCUGGACGCCAUUCGCCAUUACCGGCCCCCUUAAGAUCGCAAUCAUGUGGCACGACGACGUCGUCCUGCCACACCCACCGAUCACACGCGUCCUCAAAAGCAUGGCCUCUGCGAUGCAAGCCUUAGAGAACGUGACAGUGGUCGACUGGAAACCGUACCUACAUGACGAAGCAUGGGCAAUCGUAUCAACGCUAUACUACCCGGACGGUGGCGUUGAAGACAUCGAUAUGCUUGAGUCUGCCGACGAGCCCAUACUACCCCUCACGAGAUGGAUCAUCCAGGAUAAUCCCUGUGUCAGGGAGCUCUCAAUGCAAGAGCUGAACUAUUGGAAAGAGGAGCGCGAAGCAUACCGCAAAGAAUAUGCACAGUAUUGGCACGCCACAUCACAAUCAGACAGCGGCGAGGUCGAUGUCAUACUCUGCCCCGUCGGCCCUGGAUGUGCGCCAAAACAUGAGACUGCGAAGUACUGGGGAUAUACAAGUCAGUGGAACUUACUGGAUUAUCCUGCAGUGGUGUUUCCGGUUGGGAAAGCAAAUAGAGAGGCUGAUGAGAAGAAAAGGGAUGCGCAAUGGCUCUCCGGGCAGGAUAAGAUGAAUUGGGACCUGUACGAGCCGGAGACGUUUGAUGGGGUGCCAAUUAGUCUACAGCUUGUAGCGAGAAGAUGUGAAGAUGAGAAGCUACUAGCGGUUGCAAAGUGGUUGCAAGAGAAGUUGGAAUUUCCGUUCAGAUGAUUAUGUAACUAUCGCUUAAGAGUCUACCAUGACCAGAGAGAAACCAGUAAUCCCAUAUCUGAUCAUAGGGGAUCUGCUAUUUAUUGAAAGACGAUCAUUGUAAAGCUAUAUUCCGAUCUGUUGGUUUAGUCUCCACAUGUGGAGAAAAGCACCCCAUGUCAAACUCCGU